AUGGCCGCCGUCAAGUCCAUGACGGGGUGCAUAGCACUGGCCGUGUUGCACUGCAUAUCCUUGUCAACUGCGGCUAAUCCUGCGGCACAGGCACCUCUGGGCCCGGCCAUCACUCACUAUGACUUUGAUGUCACCGUGGGCAAGCGGUCGCCAGACUGCUUCGAGAAGGACGUGAUACUGGUCAAUGGCGAGUACCACAAGCAGAUUGAGGUCACCCAAGGCAACAUUCUAGAGGUGACAGUGUACAACGACCUGCCAUCGACAUGGCCACUGGUGUCAGAGGGGAUCAGCGUCCACUGGCACGGCUUCAGCAUGAACGGGGCUGAGUGGUAUGAUGGUGUGGGCUACCUUGCCCAGUGCCCCAUUCAGGCCGGCACCAACUUCACCUACAGGUUCCAGGUGAAUGAGCAGCCAGGGACGUACUUCUGGCACGGGCAUGCAGGGAAUGAGAAGGUGGAUGGCUUCACUGGGCCACUCAUUGUGCGCCCUGCCGGCCCAGAGCCUUUCACCUACGAUGAGGAGAGAAUUCUGUUUCUGAGCGACAACUACCACACUUCAGCAACAGCGCUCACUUUCCCCCUGAACAGGCCGUUUGAUGCCAAGAAGCAGACAAACGAGACUGGCGGCUGGGAUUGGGUGGCGGUGCCUCAGGCAAUCACACUGAACAGCCAUGGCUUCUAUGGGGACUGUGAACUGUUACAAGGAACCAACACAGCCAUUCCUCCCAAGUGCAAUGUAACCACGCAAUGGGUCCCUCCAGGGCGCUCCAAAUUCCUGCCCUAUGCUGCCGGGACCAACCCUGGCUGCAAGCGGGAGAAUGUGACAGUGGAGGCUGGCAAGACAUACCGCAUCCGCAUGAUCAAUGCCGGCUCGCUCGCAUAUCUGAGCGUCUGCUUUGCCGACCACAACGUGACCAUUGUGGCGGCUGACGCCUACCCGACCAACCCCCUCACUGUGCCCUGCGUCGACAUUAAUCUUGGCCAGAGGUAUGAUGUCCUGUUGAAGGCAGACAAGCCGGUGGGCAACUAUUGGCUAUCGGCGCUGGUGGUCAAUGCCACAAGGACGGGGUCACCUGCCGGCUACGGCGUGCUGCGCUAUGCGGGCGCCAAUGCGAGCGCGCUGCCCUCGGACCCCAUCCUGCAGCCGGAGAGCGUCCCUGCCUGGACCUUUGGCACCGUCUCCAAGAUUACUCUGCCAAAGGAGUACUUGGACGCCAGCACGCUGCCCAAGGGAACGGUGCUGCCCCUGAACCAGUCCUCGCUGGCGCCCCCCAACGCCACCAAGACACUGCUGGUCAACCUGACUCAGCCCCUGCUGCCCAAUGGCCAGCUCAGGUGGGCGCUGAACAACGUUGCCACUUUUGGCACGCCCUCCUGCCUGCCCACGCUGAACCUGCUGCGCAAUGACCCCGGCCUCAUGGCGCGCGACGCGCAGAGGACGCGCGUGGGCGACAUGCCCGCCGACCUCGCCGCCAAACAGAUGGGCAACGACCUCAACGUGCCGAUGUAUUUGGAGGACGGCUCUCCCUCGCCGGCCAUGCCUAUGGCGGGCCAGGAUUUCAUGCCGCUGCAGAAGGGCGAUGUUGUGGACGUCAUCCUGCAGAACCUCCCCGCCAAUGCCAACGGCGGAGACUACAGGCCGGGCGUGGGCGCGAAUCGGACGGCGCAGGAGCAGCAUCCGUUCCACAUGCACGGGCACCACUUCUGGGUGCUGGCCUACGGCCUGGGCACCUUCAACGAGGCCGCCAACACCUCCUCCUUCAACACGGCGAAUCCCCCCUUCCGCGACUCCUUCACCAUCUUCAAGAACGGCUGGACCGCCAUCCGCUUCAAGGCUGACAACCCGGGGGUGUGGAUCUUGCACUGCCACACCGACUGGCAUCUAUUCAUGGGCCAGAAGAUGUACUUUGCCACCUCGCCCGAGCUGGCGCAGCCGCCGCCGGCCGACCUGCCAACUUGCCCAAACACCUGCAUGUACAAUUUCGGCCCCUUCAGCCCCUCCUUUGUGCGGGCCAAGUGGGGCAGUACUGGCUACAGCACCUAAUGCAGCGGUCCCAAUCCCUCUUCUGGGAGGCUUAUUCUUUCGCCUCUCUGCAGCUGGAACCGAGAUCAUUAGCUGGGGGUGAGGAAUGAACAAAGAGAGAAUGCAGACAGCAGAGUAUUUCGGGUAUUGUACAGCAUGCUCUUCUGGCUGGGCACAGGGUUGCCGGCUGAUCUCUCUUCUUGAUCCCACCGGCACGCCAUUGCGUAGCUUUGUGGCUGACUGAGAGGGGAUCUUGCAGUGGGAUUCUGUGCAAUCACUAAGCAUAUGAUGUGUUUUUCGAAGGAUGCAUCAUUAUAUUUCGGCAGUGCUAUACAUAGCAUCGCACAUUGCGCAAUUGCGGUCACUCUGGAGACCACCUCUAGAACUGUACAAAAUUUUGGCAAGACCGAUUGUGUCCCGCCCAGAUGGAAGCGCAAAAAUAAGUGUUGUGCGGCUUGGAUGGCGGGAACUAGUCUCAUGCUCACACUGAUGGUUCUGUAGAAUUGCAGUCCUUGAAUUUAUGUUACUGCAAUUGGUUCUUGAGGGUGAUGGCUUCAGAGAGAUGGCUGCCAAAGCGUCAGCGGGCCUAGAUAGGUGAGAGGCAGUCUCAACAGAUAGUGCACUCAGUUGCUUUGGCUUUGAAUGCCAUAUUGUCCAGGGAUGCCAUUCUAUUACAUAUGAUAUCUGCUCACUACUAUGUCUCUUACGCUAAGGUAGCACUGCCCAUGCGUUACUAAACAUGUGACAUUGCAGUGCUGGGACUUUCCCCUUGGGCUAAAGUGGAACAUCCUGGGGGUACUUCCAGCCAAUCUAACCACACCCAAGAGCGUGGUGUCGAUUUAUGCUUUUGGAUCUUAGUAUGCAUUUGUCUGGUUGAGAGGUGUAACGAUGGUUAAGAUUGUC